CUCUCACACAAAACCUAAAAUCUCUUUACUACCAGCAAGUUGUUUUCUUGCUAACUUCAAACUUCUCUUUCUCUUGUUCCUCUCUAAGUCUUGAUCUUAUUUACCGUUAACUUUGUGAACAAAAGUCGAAUCAAACACACAUGGAGCCGCCACAGCAUCAGCAUCAUCAUCAUCAAGCCGACCAAGAAAGCGGCAACAACAACAACAACAAGUCCGGCUCUGGUGGUUACACGUGUCGCCAGACCAGCACGAGGUGGACACCGACGACGGAGCAAAUCAAAAUCCUCAAAGAACUUUACUACAACAAUGCAAUCCGGUCACCAACAGCCGAUCAGAUCCAGAAGAUCACUGCAAGGCUGAGACAGUUCGGAAAGAUUGAGGGCAAGAACGUCUUUUACUGGUUCCAGAACCAUAAGGCUCGUGAGCGUCAGAAGAAGAGAUUCAACGGAACAAACAUGACCACACCAUCUUCAUCACCCAACUCGGUUAUGAUGGCGGCUAACGAUCAUUAUCAUCCUCUACUUCACCAUCAUCACGGUGUUCCCAUGCAGAGACCUGCUAAUUCCGUCAACGUUAAACUUAACCAAGACCAUCAUCUCUAUCAUCAUAACAAGCCAUAUCCCAGCUUCAAUAACGGGAAUUUAAAUCAUGCAAGCUCAGGUACUGAAUGUGGUGUUGUUAAUGCUUCUAAUGGCUACAUGAGUAGCCAUGUCUAUGGAUCUAUGGAACAAGACUGUUCUAUGAAUUACAACAACGUAGGUGGAGGAUGGGCAAACAUGGAUCAUCAUUACUCAUCUGCACCUUACAACUUCUUCGAUAGAGCAAAGCCUCUGUUUGGUCUAGAAGGUCAUCAAGAAGAAGAAGAAUGUGGUGGCGAUGCUUAUCUGGAACAUCGACGUACGCUUCCUCUCUUCCCUAUGCACGGUGAAGAUCACAUCAACGGUGGUAGUGGUGCCAUCUGGAAGUAUGGCCAAUCGGAAGUUCGCCCUUGCGCUUCUCUUGAGCUACGUCUGAACUAGCUCUUACGCCGGUGUCGCUCGGGAUUAAAGCUCUUUCCUCUCUCUCUCUCUUUCGUACUCGUAUGUUCACAACUAUGCUUCGCUAGUGAUUAAUGAUGCAGUUGUUAUAUUAGUAGUUAACUAGUUAUCUCUCGUUAUGUGUAAUUUGUAAUUACUAGCUAAGUAUCGUCUAGGUUUUAAUUGUAAUUGACAACCGUUUUAUCUCUAUGAUGAAUAAGUUAAAAUUUUA